GCAUGCAUGGUUUUUCUUAGCUGUCAAUUUGCCAUUGGCUAGUUGGACGCAAGCCAGCACCCAUGGGGUCAGCUUCUUCUUGUGAUCGUGCUUCCUUGGCUUUUCUUUUCAUGGGUUUCCAUCAAUGCAUGACGCUUGCAUCUCAGUCCAAAAGCGGGCAUGUCGACGUGGAUGGACACCCACAGUCGCCCAUAUUCAACAAUAUCUCUGAAAUUUGAGGAGCUAAGUUCUGCAGCGUAUUCACUUCAAUUGAGAAGUUGUGCUGAAAUUAAUUUGAAGACCGAGAAGAAGAAGGAAGAGUUUACACAGUUAUGGCAAAAAUGGUUUCUAGAACAGUGGAUCUCCGGUCUGACACAGUCACCAAACCAACUGAAUCGAUGCGGGCAGCUAUGGCAGCUGCUGAUGUUGACGAUGAUGUUUUGGGCUAUGACCCAACUGCUUUACGGUUGGAAACAGAAAUGGCGAGGAUAACGGGCAAGGAGGCUGCCCUGUUCGUUCCCUCGGGCACAAUGGGCAAUCUAAUUAGUGUUCUUGUUCAUUGUGACAUUAGGGGAAGUGAAGUCAUUCUUGGAGACAAUGCCCAUAUCCAUAUUUAUGAGAAUGGUGGCAUUUCAACAAUUGGAGGUGUACAUCCUAGACCUGUGAAGAACAACCAAGAUGGAACAAUGGAUAUUGAUUUGAUUGAAGCUGCCAUUAGAGACCCCAGAGGGGUUCUUGUCUACCCUACUACAAGGCUUAUCUGCUUGGAGAAUACACAUGCAAAGUAAGUGCAUUGCUUUUGGCUUGUGGUGGAUAAUUUUUUUUAUUCUUUUUGUGGGGGUAUGUGGUGGAUAAGAUAAUGGUACCAUACCCACUUUGUAUAAUCUAAUUGUCAUAUGUAUAUCUUCAUAGAUUCCCACUUUGUGUUUCCAGAUAGCUGGUUAUUUUAUUGUGUUGGAUUGAGAAAAGUUGCUGCUGAGUCUGUAUUUUAAUGUUCGGUAUAAUUCCUCAACAACUUUCUUCAUGGCUGCCUCUCAAAAGCACAUUAAAGUGAACAGUGUGUGACCUUCAUUGCUAAUUUUAAGAGACCAUAGUGCUUCCUUGCUUCACUUUAUUAAAAUUCUACCCAUGCUUCCACUAAGCUUCCAUCUGGAUAAAAUAACAAAGGGGGUAUAGAGAAAUUAACAUAUAAAAUAUUUGAAGGGAAACAUUAUUAAGCAUUUU